UACUCAAUGCCAGUGACUAUCAAAGAAAUAACAAAACUUUGAGACGUUCCAAAAUCUCAGGACGUUCAGACAUAUCGCGAGACUUAUGCAGAACUCGCAGCCAAUCAGAUUUCUGCUUCUGGGUGUGGUCUGUGCAGUUCGCAGUCAUGGCGGACUACAAAGAGGCUUAUCUGGCUACACGGCCAAAAACAUUAGAUCCAGCCGAGUAUUUUAAUCUUUCACCUGAUUACCGACGGACUGAGGAGGAGAGAGCGGCUCUAAGGAGUCGAUUGAAGAGGCACUAUCUGGUGCAACUAAACAACCCUCACCGGAAAGAGCUUAUCGUAAGAGACAGAGAUGUACCACAGAUCAUAGCCUGCGAAGACAUUCGCUCGGAGAGGAUCCUGCUCUCACAAGGUGGACUUAUGCACGCACCAGCAACAUAUACCCCAACUUCAGACCAACUCCUAAAACAUCAUUGUUGGGUGGCUUGUUUGGAGUUGUACCCCUUUUCGUCUUGUACUUUGUGUUUAAGACAGACAGGGACAAAAGGGAGGACAAGAUAAAGGCAGGGAACUAUGAGCGCCCCUAUAAGCUGUCAUCCUGAGAGCAAGUUGUGUUUAACUGUAUAUUGUAUCAAAUAUUACUUGUAAUUAUCAAAUAAAUAAAAAAUACUUUCUUGGUGAAA